AAGAAGAAAGUUAAACGGGGAAAGCAGCCAGUGUUUGAUAUGGCGUUGGUCUGGUUCCGGUUCUGCUCCUCGCCGCGGGGCCGGUGUCUUUAGAGCAGAUGAAUUAUAUCCUGAUGCAAGUCUCCUGCUCCUGGUGAUGACUACCACAACCCUGUCAGGAGAUGCUACCAAGAGGACUAUGUCACACUGCUGAGUCAGUAGAGAUUAAACAUGAGAACAUGGCCCCCAGAAGAAGCUGUGGUACUGAGCAGACAUCUGAUACUGUUCACACUAACCCAUCUCACAGACGAACACAAGAAAAUUCAGACAAUGGGAGAACUCACCAGUGCUCCGAGUGCGGAAAGAGUUUUAUUGACAGAUAUAAUCUCCGAAGACACCAGCGCAUUCACAAAGGAAAGAAACCGUAUCAGUGCUCCGAGUGUGGAAAUAGUUUCAUUGACAGAUGUGGUCUCCAAAGACACGAGCGCAUUCACACAGGAGAGAAACCGUAUCAAUGCGCAGAGUGUGGAAUGAAUUUUAAUCAAAAAAGUAAUCUCCAGGCACACCAGCGUAUUCACACGGGAGAGAAGCCGUAUCAGUGCUCAGAGUGCGGGAAGAGCUUUACUGACAGGCGUAAUCUCCAAAAUCACCAACGAAUUCACACCGGAGAAAAACCCUACUACUGUUCAGAGUGUGGGAAAAGCUUUAUGGCCAGAUGUAAUCUCCAAAACCACCAACGUAUUCACACAGGAAAGAAACCGUAUCAGUGCUCAGAGUGCGGGAAGAGCUUUAUUGCCAGAUGUAAUUUUCAAAGACACCAGCGCGUUCACACAGGAGAGAAACCGUAUCAGUGCUCAGAGUGUGGAAAGAGUUUUACUGACAAGCGUAACCUCCAGCAGCAUCAGCGCAUUCACACCGGAGAAAAAAACUAUCGCUGCAUGAAUUGCAGGAAGAGUUUUAUUAACAGACGUAAUCUCCAAAGACACCAGCGCAUUCACACAGGAGAGAAACCCUAUUACUGUUCAGAGUGCGGAAUGAAUUUCGCUGUACAGAGCAGUUUCCAAAGACACCAGCGCGUUCACACGGGAGAGAAACCGUAUCAGUGCUCUGAGUGUGGAAGGAGUUUUUCACAAAGUGAUGCCCUCAAAAAACACCAGCGUGUUCACACUGAAAAGAAAGCUGGACAGGGGUUGCAGGGGUUAGAGAGCUAUGUUGUGCUUUAACUUCUUAAGCCCUCAACCAAAUUCAUUUGCUCUUAUUAAAGUUUAUGCUUUUUUAAUGUUUCUUUUUUUUUGACUUUAUGCUGUUUGUAUUUGUUUUGUUUGUGCCUCUUGUUUUCCAAGUCCAGGGAGAUAUCAGCAUUAUCUUUCGAUCCAGUCUGUGUCUUCACCUCAUCCUCACCUGCUCUGGUCCAUGCUCCAGUCCACGUUUUUAAGAUCUGUUGUUGUAAUGGGGAAAGAACCACAGAGGCCUCCCCGUCAGAGAUCAGUCUGAUUUUUUUUUUUUGAUUGAUCUCUGACUGUUUAGCUUCUGACACUGCUUUGUUACUUAACUUUGUGAUUUAGCUUAGGCACUUUUAAACCUGUUUUCUUUGUGAUUUUAUUUUUUUCUGAAUGAUAUCUUUGUAUAUCUUUCAGGGUUUGGCAUUUUGGGGAUUUUUGGGGCUUUUCUUUGUUUUUUUGUUAGUCAGAGAAUUUAAAAAGCUGUCUGUCUUUGUUGUUGUUGUUGUUGUUUUGUAUUCAUUGAGGUUAGUUAAUGUUUCUCUUGGGGGUAAGUGUAGGUUCUGUUUGUUUUGGCUUUGGCCAAACCUGAAAUUAGUGUCUUUACUUGUAA